AUGCCUCCAAAGCGGAAGGCAGUGCCCACUGGCAAGGGCACCGUCAAGGCUGGACGGUCCUCCAAGGUCUCAACUCCGGGACCUGCCACACCUCGUAGCACGGGGAGCUCGGAGCCGGAGCCUGAAGUAGAAGAGGAGGACGAUGAGCUGGACGAGGGGAUCCAGCGCAACGUAGACUACUUCGACCUCAACAAUGAAGAGUACAAGUACCGCGAGCCGCCUGCCAUUCUCGACAUGGCCUCCAAGUUCUUUGGUGCCCAACACGAGCGAGACUUCACCAGAAUGAAGAUGAAGCCCGAUCACCAGAAUAGGCCGGUGUGGAUACAAGGCGACUUCAAGGUCGUGCUGGAGAGCUUCCACCCACUCGCGCCACAGGCGCAGGAUUUCCUCAUAACGAUCGCUGAGCCCCUGUCGAGGCCUACGUUCCUGCACGAGUACAAACUCACUACCCACAGUCUUUAUGCUGCCGUCUCUGUUGGCCUUAACCCGAACGAUAUAGAAAACACCCUCGACCGAUUCUCAAAGACGCCGGUUCCCGACAACAUCAAAAAGUUCAUCAAGAACUGUGGUAGCGCUUAUGGCAAGGUGAAGCUUGUGUUGAGGAACAACAAGUACUACGUGGAGACGACCGACGCCGAAGUCUUACAACUGCUACUCAAGGACCCCAUCAUUGGCCAAAAAUGCCGAGUACAGGGCGCCGAAGAAGUUACAACGAGUGCUCCCAAGAUGUCGGGAUUGGCCAUCGCUGGAACAAAGGAAGCCGCUGGAGUGCGCGAGGCCGAGGGCUUGGGCAACAAAGUCAACGCCGGACAGGCUGGACAGGGCCCCACAGCCCAGGACGUGUAUACCGCACUGAACGAUGACGAUGACGAAGAAGAUGCAGACGUCGUCCAUGCCUUCCAGAUCCAGGACGAGAAAGUCGGCGAGGUCGCCAAGCAGUGCCUGGAACUACGCUAUCCUGCUCUUGAGGAAUACGAUUUCCGAAACGACAACGUCAAUGCCAACCUGGAAAUCGACUUGCAGCCAGCGACACAGAUCCGUCCGUAUCAGGAGAAGAGCCUUAGCAAGAUGUUCGGUAACGGCCGCGCGAAGAGCGGUAUCAUUGUGUUGCCCUGUGGGGCAGGAAAGACAUUGGUUGGCAUCACGGCUGCUUGCACGAUCAAGAAGGGAAUCAUUGUCCUGGCCACCAGCAACAUGUCUGUCAUCCAGUGGAGGAACGAAUUCAUCAAGUGGUCGAAUAUCAAUCCUGACGAUAUCGCCAUAUUCUCUUCGGAUAACAAGGAAGUCUUCACCGGAAACACCGGCGUUAUCGUCACGACCUACUCGAUGGUGAGCAACUCGAGGGAACGAGCUCACGAGUCGGCCAAAAUGAUGAAGUUCCUCCAAAGCCGGGAGUGGGGCCUAAUGCUCCUAGAUGAAGUGCAUGUCGUCCCUGCAAACAUGUUCCGCAGGGUCACGGGUGCUAUCAAGGCUCACUCCAAAUUGGGUCUUACAGCGACACUGCUCCGAGAAGACAACAAGAUUGAGGAUUUGAACUUCCUCAUCGGACCGAAGUUAUACGAGGCCAACUGGAUGGAGCUUUCACAGCAAGGGCACAUUGCAAGAGUUCAGUGUGCCGAGGUCUGGUGCACCAUGACAACGGAGUUUUACGACCAUUACCUUGCAGCGCCUUCGCGAAAGAGGUCGCUCUUCUACGUCAUGAAUCCUAGCAAGAUCCAGGCGUGUCAGUAUCUCAUUAAAUAUCACGAAGAGCGGGGUGACAAGAUCAUUGUCUUCUCAGACGACAUUUACGCUCUGGAGUUUUAUGCGAAGAGGUUGAUGAAGCCGUACCUCCACGGCGGCACCAGCAACUCUGAGAGACAGACUAUCCUCCAGCUGUUCCGAGAUUCACCUUCGACUAACACCAUCUUCCUCUCCAAGAUUGGUGACACAUCACUCGAUCUUCCUGAAGCAACGUGUCUAAUUCAGAUUUCGGCACAGUACGGGUCCCGACGUCAGGAAGCGCAGCGCCUAGGCCGUAUCCUGCGAGCUAAGCGACGAAACGACGAGGGCUUCAACGCCUUCUUUUACUCCCUUGUAUCCAAGGACACACAGGAGAUGUACUUCUCGUCGAAGCGUCAGGCUUUCCUCGUUGACCAGGGUUAUGCCUUCAAGGUCAUCACCCACCUGCACAACAUCGAGCAGACGCCGGACCUCGCUUUCGCGACGGCGCAGGAUCGAAAGGAGCUCCUGACCAAACUCCUAAUGGAUCUCGAAAAGUCGGCGGCAGUCUACGACAGGGAGGCGAACGGGCUGGCGGCGGAGGGCAACAUGUUCUACGGCCCCGACGGCAAGCCGCUGCGGCAGGCAGGCAAGAAGAAGAACUACGUGAGGAGGACAGCGGGCGCGUUGAGCGACCUGAGCGGUGGGCAGGACAUGGCGUACGUGGAGCAGAACAAGAGCGCCAACAGGUCCAUGAAGAAGAAGGUACCGAAGAGCGACUUCUUCAAGAAGAUUAGCAGGGACAACGAGAGACGGAGGAAGGCAGCACAAGAGUGA